UAACAGCAACCAUUAAUAAGCCUUUUUCCAUUUAUAACCCCCACACUCUCAACGUUUCUUCUCCUUUGCGCAUUACCCUCUCACUCCUCUUCACUACCUCCAAAACCCUUUUCCCUUUUCCUAAUAACUUCUCAUGUGGCCACCGUGGCUUAAUUCGCCCAACCGGUUCCGCAACACUCCACCGCCGUCACCGUCACCCUCGUCAUCGCCUUCGCAUUCUCGAUCUCGCUCAUUAAGCUUCUCCUGCUCAUCUUUCAAAGACAUUCAGAGCCUCCUCCAAGAAAAGCCCGAAUCCGGCCCCGCCGCUCCCAAAUCUCCGUCGCUCUUCCGCCGCGUCCGGAUCUCCACCGCCGUACUUCGCGCCUGGGGUGCCUCGCGCGCUACCGUCCCCGCUGCUCUUCCGCCCGGCCUUGACCAAGGAGUCGUCGUAUACUUCACCAGCCUCCGCGUCGUCCGCCGCACUUUCGACGACUGCCGAGCUGUCCGAUCCAUCCUCCGUGGCCUCCGCGUCGCCGUCGACGAGCGCGACGUCUCCAUCGAUGACCGCUUCCGCGACGAACUUCACACCGUUCUCGGCCGCCGCAGCCUCGCUCUGCCACGCGUCUUCGUCGGCGGCGUAUACAUCGGCGGCGCCGACGACGUUCGUCAACUUCACGAGAGCGGCGAGCUUCACCGCCUCAUCGAACGGCUCCCGCGCUCGAAUCAGAACGCUUGCGACUGCUGCGGAGGUUUCAGAUUCGUAGUGUGCGAUGAGUGCAACGGAAGCCACAAAAUCUUCACCGAAAAAAACGGAUUUCGAAGCUGUCCAUCUUGCACUCUCAACGGCUUGAUUCGGUGCCCUGCUUGCUUCUUCGUGCACCCGCGCCACACCAAAUAACUUACUUUAUCGGUUAGUUACUGCUCACAGUUCACAGACAACUCACGGAAGAAAUUAAAUUAAUAAUUUAUGUUUAUAAAUAAUGACUUUCUCACUUGCAUUUCAUCAAUGCGACUACAUUACAUAUAUUAAUGGAAAUCGUGUACUCUGAGGAUCUACAAAUCUGAAUAGGGUUACGGCAUUAUUAACUGUUAAUUAAUUAUUAGUAAUAUUUUGAUAUUAUUAUAUGGUUUUAAAGCUUAUGAUAUAGGCUUGAUUUGUUGUAAUGGCACACUUCAACACUAAUGAAACACUAAUUGUCCACAUGGUGCUUGACAUGCUGAGUCAUGUACUGAGUGACAGCACACAAUAGUAUCUAUGAGAAGUUUCGUUUAGCAUGAAACAAAAUAAUUUGAAAUUGUUUGUUUGAAAUUGUUUGUGUCUGGUGGUGGAUGAUGCCAAAUUUGCUUCAAAGGGUCGAAACUGUUAACAAAGUUUUCGAUUCAGUUUUUGUUCUUGUUCAUACACAAUUAUCAUUAGGUAGGUCGUGGACAAUUGUCUUGGGAGGUGGGAACCGCGUGUGUUGGACCUCGUUUAGGGUCUGGCCCAUUCUCCAUUUCCCUGUUUUUUUGAGUACUGAUUUUGAUUGCUUGGCCCACUUCUUUUAUAGUGCAAAUUUCUUCAUGCUCUAUUCUCAUCUUUUAUCACGUUAACAUGACCCCAGCCUGUCUCAUGAUCUAUAUUGUUUUGUCUUUAGAAUGUAAGGACGAACUAUGAGCCAAAAAUGUUUUUUUUAAGAACUGAAAUUAUAUUUUGAAGCGUAUUCGUUACUUGUGGGAUACAUUGUGCACCUUACAUCAGAAUGAAAGUGGUUGGGAAGUUAGGAACUAGGAUGGCCAUUGACUAUGUUAAUUCAAAACCCUCCUUAGAAGAUAAGUACGUUUGGUGCCAUGGCCGUUCUCCGGAAAUUGUCAUAUGUUUAUUUUAUUCAGUGUUCUAAAUUCUCUCCAACAUGCUACCCAUGAAAAUACAAAGUUGGAUCAAGCUUUUAGAUUUUGUUUUUCACAAUGAGGUGAGGAACCACAAGAUAUCUACCGUUAUAUGGAAAAUUUAACUCUUACUCUGCUUCUCUCACUAACACGAUCUCA